CUGCGUCACAGCGUCACACUGCGUCCCUCCGUCGCUUCCUUGCUUUGCCCUUGUGUAGAAAAGCAGCGUGUUUUCUGAUUAAACACUCUUACAGCGUUCGCGUUGCGGUCUGAGCAGAGCCGGUACUGCACCUCGACAUGUCUCUUGCUGCAGAGGCUUUCGUCUCUCAGAUAGCAGCUGCAGAGCCAUGGCCAGAAAACGCCACGCUCUAUCAGCCCUUAAGGGAGGAUCAAAUUCUCCUGUCUGAUUGUGCAUCGUCUUUGGCAGUUCAGGCGUACCUCAGGAUGUUGGCGCUGCCGGUGCAAGUACGCUGCCGUGCUAACGCUGAAUACAUGUCACCCUCAGGUAAAGUUCCUUUCAUCCAUGUUGGUAAUCAGGUUGUGUCCGAGCUGGGCCCGAUCGUUCAGUUUACAAGAGCAAAGGGCCACUCUCUGAGUGACGGACUGGACGACGUGCAGAGAGCAGAGAUGAAGGCGUACAUGGAGCUGGUCAACAACAUGCUGUUCACAGCAGAGUUGUACAUUCAGUGGUGUGAUGAAAAUACAGCUGCAGAGAUCACAAGGCCGCGUUACAGCAGUCCAUACUCUUGGCCUCUGAACCACAUCCUGGCCUAUCAGAAGCAGUGGGAGGUCCGGAGGAAGAUGAACGCUAUCGGCUGGGCAGGAAAGACUCUGGAGCAGGUGUAUGAGGAUGUUAGUCAGUGUUGUCAGGCUCUCUCACAGCGACUCGGCACCCAGCCUUUCUUUUUCAAUAAACAGCCGACUGAACUGGACGCCCUGGUGUUCGGUCACCUCUUCACAAUCCUGACCACGCGCCUCACCACCGACGAGCUCAGCGAGAAGAUCAAGUCCUACAGCAACCUGCUGUCCUUCUGCAGAAGAAUCGAACAGACUUAUUUUGAGUCGCAGAACAGAGACAGCCAAUCCGCGGCAUCGGAUUACUCAAAAGGCCCCUCCCUUAUGUGAAUCCCUGCCGCCUUGACUUCCCUUUAUUCAUUGAUGUGAUAAGUGAUGUAUACCUGAUCCUGAGGCAUCCAAUCCAGCGAUUCUGUUUGUUGCACGCACACAAACUAGUGGGUAAAAGAUAAAGGAUCAAUCAAAUAGACCUGAUGUUCCUCAGUUUUUAAACAUACUUAGACAUUCUUUCCAGCACUCCCUUUGUCUGAUCACUAAAUUAAGCUGGUCAGAAUACGGUAUAAUAUACAGUAGAUUAAGAUUCAAAUAUGUGUUGGGUGCAAGGUUCGCUUUUACACACAAAUACUGAACUCUUUAAGUUGUAUCUCGGAAUUUCUGUGUAUCUAAACAGUAUGUAUUAAAGAGCACCAUAAUUCCUAAAUGAUUCGCUCUUUGAAAAGAUGUACAUAUGUGGAAUUAAAGCUGACAUCCUGCUUUAUCAUGAA